GUUUUUAUUUUUGUAUCUAUUUUUAUUUAAUUUAAUAUUUUUUAAUUAAUAAUCUAUGUGUCACUUUAAUUGGUUAGGCUGAGGUUCAAGGACUCGAACUGAACAGGACAAGCAGAUGGCAAUGGGGCGGCUAGGCGGCUAUAAUGGAGAGAGAGUUGGCCGGUUUUGUACCUGAAACAAAAGAGUAAUAUUUUUAUGAGAUUUUAUGGAUUAAAAUGAUGAACUGAAAGAAAACUAAAUUAUAAAUGAUGAACAGAAGCAAAUAAGACUUUUUAUGAGUUUUUAUAUUGAAUGGAAAAUCUAGAACUAUAUGAAGCAAAAUGAAACAAAAAUAAGAGAAGGAUAGAGAAGACUGGUGGAUUCAAGUUGCUGGACGCGUGUCUCUCUCAACCAGAUCCAAAGGAUGGUUUGAAGGAUAGAUAUGGAUUCGGCUCUUGCUGGACGUAUGUCUCUCUCAAGAUCGGACGAGGGAUGAAAUGGAUCGAAGGACUCCACAAAGAACAAUGGAUCGGCUCUUUGAUAUGUCAGGCGGCUGCUCUCAAUAGCUUCACACAACUGAAAGACUUAGGGUUUUUUUGCUAAGGCAAAACGAUUUUUAUAAAAGAUGGGGUGAAUUUAAAGGGUGAACUUAAUUUGUGUCCAAUAAUUAAUAUCUCAAGAGCAUAUUGUAAGUUCAAAUCACAAUGAGCAUAUACUUUGACAAAAAGGCAUAUGCUACGUUUAUUACUUUUUUUUUUGAAAAAAUAAAUAAAAAUAUCAACAUUAUGGUAGACAAAUAAAAAGGAAGCGUACCAUUUUUAUUUCAUUUAUUUUGUUAAGAUGAAAACAAAACCCAAAUUCUGAUAAAUAUCAGAUUUAAGAAAUGAACGAGAUGCAUGCAGUCAACAACUAUUAAAAGAAAGUUAUAAUGGAAAUUUUUUUGUAGAAUAAUUCAUUUGUUCCAACGGAUUACAGCGACACCACCGGAAUAUCCACAUAAACUAUUACUAGAAAAUUUAUUAUUAUCAGAAAUUAACAUUCCCUCUUAAGCGAACAAGUAAACGAUUACAAUAAAUUUAAGUGUUCAACAUCACUCGAUUUAAUACAAUUUGGCUCUCUACCAACCAAUAAACAUAAGAGUUCUACAAGACGAGGAUGUUGCGCAGCAGCUCCACCGUCCUCCCCUGUCUCCUCCUCAUCUCCGCCGUAGCAAUCGCUCUUUCCUUGGACAAUGAUGACGACGUGUGCGUGUUCACGGUUUACAUAAGAACCGGUUCGGUUUGGAAAGCCGGUUCAGACUCCGUCAUGAGCCUCCGUCUCUACGACAGUUACGGGCAAAAUGCUGUUAUAUCCGAUUUGGUGUCAUGGGGAGGUUUAAUGGGUCCAUUCCAUGAUUAUUAUGAGAGGGGUAAUCUCGACAUUUUCACCGGCUUAGGUUCUUGCUUAUCAGGUCCGGUUUGUGCGAUGAAUUUGACUUCCGAUGGCUCUGGCGAUCACCAUGGUUGGUAUUGUAACUACGUUGAAGUGACGAUGAGUGAGAGUCGUAGGAGAAGUUGUUCUCAGGAGAAAUUCACGGUGGAGCAAUGGCUGGCUCGUGAUACUUCGCCAUAUGAGCUGUCGGCCAUUAGGAAUCAAUGUUCGGACUCUGUCGAGAAUCGAUGAGUCGUUUCCACGAUGUGAGUGUGUUAUUUAUUUAUUCUGGUGGGGUUGUCAAUGAAACAUGACGUGAUCAUAUAUUUAAUUCGAGUGUGAUUAAGAUCUCCUGCUUUUAAAAAAUAAAAGAACGAAAACAAAUAUGUUAUAUACAAUGCUUGAUAUUGAGUGAUUAUAACUUAUAAGAUGUUCAUCCAUAUCUUGAUUGUUGAUCAGUCUUUUUUUUUUUUUUUUGGUCAAAAUUGUUGAUCAGUCUUAAACUCU